CCCAUUUCUCUCCGUAAUAGAUUUCUCAUUUCUGUUUCUGAUUUCUCUCUCAAAAUUCACGUUGUACUCGCUCUCAAAUCUCAAUAACCAAACCAAACCCCCAAAAACAUGGCAACCAAUUCAGCCCCAUUGAACUCUUCAUCAACCCAAAACAAAUCAUCACCAUCACCAUCAUCCCUCUCUAUCCAGAGCAAGGAAGAAGUCGAGAAAGUCUUCAACCGCUUCGACACCAACGGCGACGGCAAGAUCUCCGUAACGGAGCUCGGCGCCGUCUUCAGCUCCCUCGGCUCCUCCUUCUCCGACGAAGACGAGCUCCGCCGCAUCAUGGACGAGCUCGACUCCGACCAGGACGGCUUCAUUUCCCUGACCGAGUUCGCCGCCUUCUGCAGCUCCAGCUCCGCAGAAGACGGCGGACUCUCCGAGCUCCGCGACGCGUUCAAGCUCUACGAUCAGGACCAGAACGGCCUCAUCUCCGCCUCCGAGCUCCACCUCGUCCUCAACCGUUUGGGCAUGAAUUGCUCCGUCGAAGAUUGCCACCGGAUGAUCCGAUCCGUCGAUUCUGAUGGCGAUGGAAAUGUCAACUUCGAGGAGUUCCAGAAGAUGAUGACCACCGCCAACGCCAAUAACAGCAACGCCUCGCCGCUCUAGGUUUUCAUUUUCUCUUUUUCUGAUCCAUUUUCCUCGUAAUUGUCAAAUGCCAAUCUUGCGGUUGUGGUUGUUAAUCUGUAGUAUUAAUAACGACUUCGUUAAUUACUGCUUGUUUCUAGGUAAAAUGUUACUUUCUCGGGCAAAUAUGGAAGAAUUUCUCUAAA